AUGCACUGGAAAAGUGAACAGAAAUUAGAAUGUUGCAAUGUUGUUGAUGAGAAUGAAAACGGUUCCAACGAUGGGGUAAGUUCUGUUUUUCUAGCCUAGGACUAACCUACUUAAAAAAGAAAAGGAUGCGUCAAAGAUUCUGCUUUCAUCGGAACAAGUAUUGUGCCAUCCUUUCAGGGCAGCCUGCAAAGAUAUAGCUAUAGGUUUAUUAUAAAAAAGUGCGGAGAAUGAUAACAAAAGGGGUUGAAAUAGAAUUGCUUGAAAUUACUUUACCAAUUAUACCUGUCAAUAUUAUAUUGUAUGUCUUAUAUAGCGGCAGGUUCAGUGUUUUCACUUCCUAAAUAUUCAGCAAUUAAGGCUGAAGUAGUUAAUGAGACCUCUUCACCUUUAGGUUGUCCCGGGCAAACGUUUGUGUCAAAAUUAAUUGGUGUUAUUAAAUAAAUCAAUUCCCUUUCCCUGUCUACCUCGCGCUCGUUUUGAUUGACAUGCGAAAUUGAUACGUUGGGGAGUCAACCGAUGUACUAAGCAGUUCAGAAUCCCCAAAUGCAAAUCUCAAGAGCAUAAUGCACAUUUGAUAACUAUUACCUCAAGUGUCGCCUGUUUUUUGAAAGUAAUGACUAUCCUUCCCUUUUUAAAUGUCAUUUUGAUAAUCGCUGGGGUAGUCAUGUUAAAAGGUGAAGAGGAUGAUAGUUAUGGGAUGUAGCUUGGGGAGUUUUUUUUAAAGCGGCUGAGCGUGACAGACAAAAAAACCCUGUUCCUCUAGCUUGUCGUCAUGUGUGAAGAUUGCAAAGGCGACGCAGAGGUUAUCCGCAGGUGGAGAGAGGGCAGGAGAGAAAUUCUAAUGGUAACAUUUCCUAAUUUGAUCUAAUGAAUAAUUUAAAAACGUUCUAAAAAAUUCACCAUGCAUUAGGCUACUCACAUGCGAUUAUGUUUAAGUUAUAAAGGUAGAGAGGUUUGUUUGUUUUGUUUCAACCACAUGAGCCUGUCAAAAUCUUUAAAAAAGGCAUUUUGCAAAUAAUAAUAAUAAUUCGAAUGGACCGGAUAACCUGAGUAAUUGGCGUCAAUGCGUGAUUUGCGCCAAAGUUUUUGUUAGCACCUGUAUAAAGUAGGAUUCGGCAGAACAUGGUCUUAACUGCGGUAUGUUUUUCAUUUCAGGGUACACCGGUGGAAGUUUUGGAUGACGAUUCCUGCUCGCUCGGCUCAUCCUCCCCGUCGCUACAGGCGAUGGUAUCUGCACCUCUGUUGGGUAGAACUGUUUGUGCAAGUUGCAGUGAGGACAUUUUGGAUAAAUACUUGCUGAAGGUAAAAUUUGUGAUUGCAUCUUGUUUAAACGUUUCAAAUUUUUUAGGGGUGUUCAUUUUCGUGCAUAGCUUGUACCUUUUGUAUUGAUUUUAGUCGACUUACUGUACAACAAUAGGCUAUUUUUGCAUUAGCAUUAGCCUACUACUAAAUAAUGUCAGAAUAUUCUUGUUAUUUCAUUAUUGUAUGUUUUUUUCAUAGGUUAACGACUUGUGCUGGCAUGUGCGUUGUCUCUCCUGUAGUGUGUGCCAAAUAUCGCUUGGAAGUCAUACAAGUUGUUACAUCAAAGAAAAAGAGGUCUUUUGCAAAUUGGACUACUUUAGGUAUUUCAAAUUGUUCUUGAAUCCUUCAUACAUAUCCAAUAAAAUCGAGUUUAAUUUUUUAACAUUUAAUUUAAGGCAUUUUUAUGCAUGUGCAUGUCAUGGUAUUUGGCUUAAAUAAUACAUCAAUAAAUAAACAUAUUAUUAUCAGUUAUGUGUAACACGUUAUUUAUAAGAUUGGAUAGCAUGUAAAAACAUUAUUUUGGGGUUAACCCUUAUUUUAUCAGGUAAAUUGACUGAGAACACAUUCUCAUUUACAGCAACGACCUGGGGAAUAGUUACAGGGGAGAGGAGGAGGGAUAUGCUUUUUAUGCUUUUAUUUUAUUUUGCAUUUAAUUCCACGACUAAACCACCAUCUAAACAAAAUGGCAAGUAUUUACCUGACUUUUAAAACCUGUAGCCUAUUUAUUGCAGAAGAUAUGGAACAUGGUGCGCGUGCUGCGGCCGAAAUAUCCACUCUACAGACUGGGUCCGCCGGGCGAAGGGCAACGUGUACCACUUGGCGUGUUUCGCCUGUUUCUCCUGUAAGAGGCAGCUGUCCACGGGGGAAGAGUUUGCCCUGGUGGAGGAGAAGGUGCUGUGUCGUGUCCACUACGACUGUAUGCUGGACAACCUGAAACGCGCCGUGGAGAAAGGUGAGCAUGCUGCAGCGGAGUAAUACAAAUAUUAGCACAAUUUAUGCCGGUAUAGCGACCUGAAAUAUGAUAGAAAAUAAAUCGAAUAACUCAUAAUAAUAUGCAGCAAUCUUUGUCAAUUAAAACAUAUACUAAUGAUUAUUUAUUAUCAACAUAGGUGAAGUGGAGCCUAAAUAUGUAGUCCUAACAAAAUAGAUAAUGUUGAAAGUGUUUCUUAAAUUUCUGAUAUUUGCAAAGUUCCUGAAUAUACCCAUGCUUAAUGUGGUGUCUGGACAACUACUGCACCAGAAGCUCCUAACUUUUCAACUAUGUGUAUUGGAUAUGUUUGUAAAUACGUUCUGGAAGCCACUGAGAAAACAACAAUAGGAUGAAUGCAUUAUCUUUCAUUAAUAUGUUCUAGUCAAAUUGAUCAUAGAUAUGUAUACUUUUUUACUGUACUGUAAAAUACAUAAACCAAAAGAUAAAUCCCCUUGACAUUUGAUAAUAAAACAGACUACAUUAGAUUGUCAAUUGAUUGAAAGAAACAAAAACAAAAAACAACAACUAUUGUCUCUGAUAGGGAACAAAAGUAACUUCCCAUUUCUCAGAUAAGAAGCCAUUUGGUGUAUAGAUGUCAAUAAACAAGAUGUCAUAUUAAUGUCUAAUGCUUGCCAUGUCGAGUAUCAUGAUUAUGAGCUCAUUAAUUAAGAAGAUCCAUCAUGUUAUUUCAGGAACUGGUGUGAACCUAGAGGGGGCGAUGCCAACAGAACAGGAAGUGAAUCAGCCCAAGCCGUCGAAAAGAGCGCGCACCAGCUUCACCGCUGACCAAUUACAGGUGAGUAUCACUGUCCUGUCGAUCUCUCCCAAACAUAGCCACAAUAUAUAAUUGUCAAUAAUGUCUGACUGUUCCCAGCCAAUGGGUUCAGGCCAAGUGAGGAACAAUGGAUGACCACAUGUGAUUGACCUGUGAUUGACCUCUUAGACCUUAUGACCCCUCCAGGUGAUGCAGGCCCAGUUUGCCCAGGACAACAACCCAGAUGCCCAGACUCUGCAGAAGCUGGCAGAGCAGACAGGCCUGAGUAGGAGAGUCAUACAGGUUAGAUAUUCAUACACAGUUCAAAUCAACACAUGCCUUAAUCAGCAUAGGACAUUACUGAAUUUCUGCAGUUAAUUUGUAAUAUUUUUGAGGAUUUGUUGUGUUGAAAAACAACAACUCUAAAACUCUAAAAACACCCCCUUGGUUUCCUGAAAUCUCCUCAAAAACAGCAUUCUGGGAUGGGUACAUCUGUUUACCAAAACAAGUGGUGGGGUGCCACUUUGUUGUUGUUUGAAUUCCAGAUUUCCACUUUAACCCUCAUACUACCAACAUCUUUUACAUAAAUGGAUUACCAACUAGGGUCAUUUUGACCCCAAGAAGAAACUACAGGAAAAAGCAGCAAUCAUAGCAAAAUGUCAACUUAAUUCAUAUCAAAACACCAUUAGACAUGUAAAUAAUUUUAUCUGAAAUAAAAAACGAAUAAAAACAGACUGUUAUUUUAGCAAAAUUACAGUUAAUUAGUAUAUUUUGUUAAACAAAAACCAAAAACAUAUAAAAAUAAUAUAUAUAUAUAUAUAUAUAUACAGUACAAGUCAAAAGUUUGGACACACUGACUCAUUCAAGGGUUUUUCUUUAUUUGUACUAUUUUCUACAUUGUAGAAUAAUAGUGAAGACAUCAAAACUAUGAAAUAACACAUAUGGAAUCAUGUAGUAACCAAAAAAGUGUUAAACAAAUCAGAAUAUAUUUUAUAUUUGAGAUUCUUCAAAUAGCCACCCUUUGCCUUUAUGACAGCUUUGCACAUUCUUGGCAUUCUCUCAACCAGCUUCACCUGGAAUGCUUUUCCAACAGUCUUGAAGGAGUUCCCACAUAUGCUGAGCACAUGUUGGCUGAUUUUCUUCACUCUGCCGUCCGACUCAUCCCAAACCAUCUCAAUUGGGUUGAGGUCGGGGGAUUGUGGAGGCCAGGUCAUCUGAUGCAGCACUCCAUCACUCUCCUUCUUGGUCAAAUAGCCCUUACACAGCCUUGAGGUGUGUUGGGUCAUUGUCCUGUUGAAAAACAAAUUAUAGUCCCACUAAGCCCAAACCAGAUGGGUUGGCGUAUCGCUGCAGAAUGCUGUGGUAGCCAUGCUGGUUAAGUGUGCCUUGAAUUCUAAAUAAAUCACAGACAGUGUCACCAGCAAAGCACCCCCACACCAUAACACCUCCUCCUCCAUGCUUUACGGUGGGAAAUAUACAUGCGGAGAUCAUCCAUUCACCCACACCGCAUCUCACAAAGACACAGCGGUUGGAACCAAAAAUCUCCAAUUUGGACUCCAGACCAAAUGACACAUUUCCACCGGUCUAAUGUCCAUUGCUCGUGUUUCUUGGCCCAAGCAGGUCUCUUAUUAUUGGUGUCUUUUAGUAGUGGUUUCUUUGCAGCAAUUCGACCAUGAAGGCCUGAUUCACACAGUCUCCUCUGCAGUUGAUGUUGAGAUGUGUCUCUUACUUGAACUCUGUGAAGCAUUUAUUUGGGCUGCAAUCUGAGGUGCAGUUAACUCUAAUGAACUUAUCCUCUGCAGCAGAGGUAACUCUGGGUCUUCCUUUCCUGUGGCGGUCCUCAUGAGAGCCAGUUUCAUCAUAGCGCUUGAUGGUUGUUGCGACUGCGCUUGAAAAAACGUUCAAAGUUCUUGACAUUUUCCGGAUUGACUGUGCUUCAUGUCUUAAAGUAAUGAUGGACUGUCGUUUCUAUUUGCUUAUUUGAGCUGUUCUUGCCAUAAUAUGGACUUGGUCUUUUACCAAAUAGGGCUAUCUUCUGUAUACCACCUCUACCUUGUCACAACACAACUGAUUGGCUCAAACGCAUUAAGAAGGAAAGAAAUUCCACAAAUUAACUUUUAACAAGGCACACCUGUUAAUAGAAAUGCAUUCCAGGUGACUACCUCAUGAAGCUGGUUGAGAGAAUGCCAAGAGAGUGCAAAGCUGUCCUCAAGGCAAAGGGUGGCUACUUUGAAGAAUCUCAAAUAUAAAAUAUAUUUUGAUUUGUUUAACACUUCUUUGGUUACUACAUGAUUCCAUAUGUAUUAUUUCAUAGUUGUGAUGUCUUCACUAUUAUUCUACAAUGUAGAACAUAGUAAAAAUAAAGAAAAACCCUGGAAUGAGGAGGUGUGUCCAAACUUUUGACUGGUACUAUAUAUAUAAUAUUUCCAAAGUACAAUCCACAUACAGUGCCUUCAGAAAGUAUUCACACCCCUUGACCCUUUCCACAUUUUGUUGUGUUACAAAGUGGGAUUAAACUUGAUUUGAUUGUCAUUUUCUGUCAACGAUCUACACAGAAUACAAUCUAAUGUCAAAGUGGAAGAAAAAUCCUAACAUUUGUAAACAAUUAAUGAAAAAUAAAACACUAAUUUAUCUUGAUUAGAUAGGGAUUCAACCCCUUGAGUCAAUACAUGUUAGAAUCACCUUUGUCAGCGAUUACAGCUGUGAGUCAUUCUGGGUAAGUCUCUAAGAGCUUUGCACACCUGGAUUGUGCAACAUUUGCCCUUUAUUAUUUUCUAAAUUCUUCAAACUCUGUCACAUUGGUUGUUGAUCAUUGCUAGAAAACCAUUUUCAGAUCUCGCCAUAUGUUUUUAAGCCUAUUUAAGUCAAAAAUGUAACUGUGGGGUACAGAGAUAAGGUAGUCUUUAAAAAAUAAUGUUAAACACUAUUAUUGCACACAGAGGGAGUCCAUGCAACUUAUUAUGUGACUUGUUAAGCACAUUUUUACUCCUGAACUUAUUUAGGCUUGCCAUAACAAAGGGGUGGAAUACUUAUUGACUCAAGAUAAUUCCACUUUGACACUAUGGGGUAUUGUGUGUAGGCCAGUAACAAAAAAAUCUCAAUUUGAUCCAUUUUAAAUUCAGGCUGUAACACAACACCAGCCCUCCUGUAGCUCAGUUGGUAGAGCAGGGCACUUGCAACGCCAGGGUUGUGGGUUUGAUUCCCACGGGGGCCAGUAUGAAAAAUGUAUGCACUAACUGUAAGUCGCUCUGGAUAAGAGCGUCUGCUAAAUGACAAAAAUGUAAAAAAAAAAAAAUGUGGAAAAAGUCAAUGGGUGUGAAUACUUUCUGAAGGCACUGUCAGUACUAAAAAAACAGAUUUACCAUCAUUUCAUUGUAGUAUCAUUUUGUUUUUAGAAUUUGUAAGUAAAUACAAAUGACGUCAUAUUUACAGUGAGGGAAAAAGUAUUUGAUCCCCUGCUGAUUUUGAACGUUUGCCCACUGACAAAGACAUGAUCAGUCUAUAAUUUUAAUGGUAGGUUUAUUUGAACAGUGAAAGACAGAAUAACAACAAAAAAAUCCAGAAAAACGCAUGUCUAAAAUGUUAUAAAUUGAUUUGCAUUUUAAUGAGGGAAAUAAGUAUUUGACCCCUCUGCAAAACAUGACUUAGUACUUGGUGGCAAAACCCUUGUUGGCAAUCACAGAGGUCAGACGUUUCUUGUAGUUGGCCACCAGGUUUGCACACAUCUCAGGAGGGAUUUUGUUCCACUCCUCUUUGCAGAUGUUCUCCAAGUCAUUAAGGUUUCUGGAGACUGGCUAGGCCACUCAAGGACCUUAAUGUGCUUCUUAUUGAGCAACUCCUUUGUUGCCUUGGCCAUGUGUUUUGGGUCAUUGUCAUGCUGGAAUACCCAUCCACAACCCAUUUUCAAUGCCCUGGCUGAAGGAAGGAGGUUCUCACCCAAGAUUUGAUGGUACAUGGCCCCGUCCAUUGUCCCUUUGAUGCGGUGAAGUUGUCCUGAAAUACACCCCCAAAGCAUAAUGUUUCCACCUCCAUGUUUUACGGUGGGGAUGGUGUUCUUGGGGUCAUAGGCAGCAUUCCUCCUCCUCCAAACACGGCGAGUUGAGUUGAUGCCAAAGAGCUCCAUUUUGGUCUCAUCUGACCACAACACUUUCACCCAGUUUUCCUCUGAAACAUUCAAAUGUUCAUUGGCAAACUUCAGACGGGCCUGUAUAUGUGCUUUCUUGAGCAGGGGGACCUUGCGGGCGCUGCAGGAUUUCAGUCCUUCACGACGUAGUGUGUUACCAAUUGUUUUCUUGGUGACUAUGGUCCCAGCUGCCUUCAGAUCAUUGACAAGAUCCUCCCGUGUAGUUCUGGGCUGAUUCCUCACCGUUCUCAUGAUCAUUGCAACUCCACAAGGUGAGAUCUUGCAUGGAGCCGCAGGCCGAGGGAGAUUGACAGUUCUUUUGUGUUUCUUCCAUUUGCGAAUAAUCGCACCAACUGUUGUCACCUUCUCACCAAGCUGCUUGGCGAUGAUCUUGUAGCCCAUUCCAGCCUUGUGUAGGUCUACAAUCUUGUCCCUGACAUCCUUGGAGAUCUCUUUGGUCUUGGCCAUGGUGGAGAGUUUGGAAUCUGAUUGAUUGAUUGCUUCUGUGGACAGGUGUCUUUUAUACAGGUAACAAACGGAGAUUAGGAGCACUCCCUUUAAGAGUGUGCUCCUAAUCUCAGCUCGUUACCUGUAUAAAAGACACCUGGGAGCCAGAAAUCUUUCUGAUUGAGAGGGGGUCAAAUAGUUAUUUCCCUCAUUAAAAUGCAAAUCAAUUUAUAACAUUUUUGACAUGCGUCUUCCUGGAUUUUUUUGUUGUUAUUCUGUCUCUCACUGUUCAAAUAAACCUACCAUUAAAAUUAUAGACUGAUCAUUUCUUUGUCAGUGGGCAAACGUACAAAAUCAGCAGGGGAUCAAAUACUUUUUUCCCUCACUGAAUGUGGUAAAACCGACACCAAAAUUUAAAAGAUACUUCAUUUUAUUGACAAACAUUUAUUUAUCCAUUGAUCCUGAGAGACAACGACCAUAAAUAUGGUGUAGUUUUCUUUAAUUACUUACCCCGACAGCCAGCAUUAGCAUCUCUGCUAGUGAAACAAUGGGAGUGGUAGUACCUACAGCAGGAUGCUUCAAAAAGCAUGCCCAAAUCCUCAAAGUCACACAAAUGUUAUAGCAAGCAAGCCAAAUACCAUAACAAGUUGCACAUAUAGAAUCUUGGAGGAUAUUAUAGGAAUUCUGGUAUUUAUAUAACAUUUCCAGAAGAAUAACUUUUUUUCAGAGAGUACACACCAAUACAGCACUAUGUACAGUGCAUUCGGAAAGUAUUCAGAUCCCUUGACCUUUUCCACAUUUUGCUACGUUACAGCCUUAUUCUAAAAUGUAUUAAAUAUGUUUUCCCCCUCAUCAAUCUACACACAAUACCCCAUAAUGACAAAGCAAAAACAGGUAAAUUUUUUUGCAAAUGUAUUCAAAAUAAAAAACGGAAAUAUAACAUUUACAUAAGUAUUCAGACCCUUUCCUAUGAGACUCGAAAUUGAGCUCAGGUGCAUCCUGUUUCCAUUGAUCAUCCUUGAGAUGUUUCUACAACUUUAUUGGAGUCCACCUGUGGUAAAUUCAAUUGAUUACAUAAGCUGCUCCAGCUUUGCAGGUGAUCUGUCUAUCUGGUCAAAAUCACUAAUACAGGUCCCCCUCCACCCUUUGAUGAUACUGUAUGUAUAACUGAAUAUUAUGUAAAAUAAAUACUUUUUUAGAUUUGCCUUAGAAUACCUACUUUUCAGAAAAUACACACCAAUACAGCUCUCUGUAGAUUCAGAGUGUUUCUGAGUUCUGUAUUGCAGUACUAUCAAGUAUUUAUACCAUUGGCAGACGUUGUAUACCAUUGGCAGAUGUAUAUGUUUUUUAAAAGUUACUUUUUGUAUUGUACACGGUCAUACGAUACGUGGUAUAGAAAAGUACAAUCUCAGGCGAGAUGACAUGGUGUGCUAUAUCUCGGCAGAUGAUCGGUCUAUCUGGUCAAAAUCACUGAUACAGGUCCCCCUCCACCCUCUGGUGGUAUGGAUAACUUGAUAUUAAGUCUCCAGAGGAAUCUAGAUUACAAUAAAGGUCCUAUUAAUCAAAUUACUACACUCUUAGAAAAAAUAGUUCCAUAAGGGUUCUUUGCGGAGGGAUAGGGUUCUACCAAUAACCGUUUUGAUCAGAAUAACCCUUUUUGGAAGUCAAGGGUUCUUUGUAAGGCAAAGGGUUCUACCUAGAACCUUUAACAUACUAAGAACUGUUUUUGGAAGAAAGUGUUCUUUGAUGAUUCUUUGGAAAGCGAGAAGGAUUAUUUGGAAGGGAAGAAGGGUUCUACAUAGAACCAUGUAUAAUAUUUCCCAGCAUGUUCUAUUGCAGGGAGAUUUUCUGAAUUGUUUGUUUUACUGUAAUAUCUGUGUUUUUGCAUGUACAUUGAUUGGUUGAUUAAUCUUAUGCUACAGGAAGAUAAAGAACAUACCGUUUUCUAAACUAAUCCGAUCUGUUAGUAAUUGGAUUUAUUGCACCAGUUACUGAGAUGGUUGUUCCAGUUUAGAUGAUUUAUGUAGUCUCAGUAUUCAAUCUUCCCUACCCUGGCAGUCAUUCUGAAUGCAGGUUGCGGGUGAUUAACAAUUCCACUUGUUGGAUAUCCUAACUCUGGCUGGAUUCCAAUAGGAAUUACACAUCACUUUGCAAGCCAGCAUAAUGUGACUUGCAGGCCUGAUGUGGCCUGUAAACCAGGAGAUUCAUAACACCACUGUGUUAGGGUGUAACUAGGCCCUCAAAGAAACACCUUAUGAUAUACAGUACAGUAUGUAAUGUAUUGUCAUAAAUAAUUCAAUUUUAAAGUAUAUAAAAAUAAAAUGUAUGCACUCACUAACUCUGGAAAAGAGCGUCUGCUAAAUGACAAAAAAAUAAGAAAAAGGCUAAUAAGGCUGGUGGAACUGUUUAUAGAGGGUUCUAGGAAGAACCCUCCAAAUAUAAAAGGGUUAUCUGUAGAACCCUUCAUAGAGGGUUCUAGGUAGAACCAUAUAAAGGGGGUUCUUUGAAGAACCCUACAUAUAGGGUUCCAGAUAGAACCCUCUGCAAAGGGUUCUACCUAGCACCAAGAAGGGUUCCGCUAUGGGGACAAACCGAAGAACCCUGUAUGGUUCUACUUAGCACCUUUGUUUUUAAGAGUGUAUAGGCAGAAAUAGGUGCUUUUGGCUGGGGUCAAAAUUACCCCAAAGGACUUCAAUUUAAAAAAAAGUCCAUAUUGAUACAGAAACACUAAACAAUUAUUUGGAUUUAUUAAGAACAAGUUGAUUGACACAGUCAUGAACAUUUUGAAUAAUUGAACAAACCAUCUUAAAUUGACCCCAGUCGGUAGGUAGUAAGUAUGAGGGUUAACACACAUCAAUUAAGUGUGCCACUAUUGAACGCUAGUACUAAAACAUGGCACUACUUACUGUAUAUCCAUCCAGGUUUGGUUCCAGAACUGCAGAGCACGCCAUAAGAAGCAUGUGAGCCCCAACCACUCCUCAGCCACCCCCCUGUCCUCCCUGCAGCCCGGUCGCCACUCCCAGCCCACCCCAGCCCCAGAAGAGCUG